AUGAAAAAAAUCCCGCAAUUUUCCUCAACAGCUCACAAAUCCAGUGGGCCCACGCUGCUUGGGUUUGGACAGAGGCAGAAAGGCAGCCAACCAAGGAGACUUACUCUGUCCUCCUCACUUACUCCCUCCACCUUUUCUCUCCUAGUUGAGCCCACAGUCACUGUGUAUCCUGUAAAGACCCAGCCCCUGCAGCACCACAACCUCCUCCUCUGCUCUGUGAAUGGUUUCUAUCCAGGCCACAUCGAAGUCAGGUGGCUCCGGAACGGCCAGGAAGAGGAGGCUGGAGUCAUCUCCACAGGUCUGAUCCGUAAUGGAGACUGGACCUUCCAGACCCUGGUGAUGCUUCAGACAGUUCCUCAGAGUGGAGAGGUCUACACCUGCCAAGUGGAGCACCCAAGUCUGACGAGCCCUGUCACAGUGGAAUGGAGGGCCCAGUCUGAGUCUGCACAGAGCAAGAUGCUGAGUGGAGUCGGGGGCUUCGUGCUGGGGCUGCUCAUCCUUGGGGCGGGGCUGUUCAUCCACUGCAGGAACCAGAAAGGUGAGGACCCUGCUGGCAGCUGAGACCCACACAGACCUU